AAGUGCAAUAUAAAAAGUACAGGAUUUAAAAAUAAAUAGUCGGUCUGGAUCUGCAGUAUGUAAUGGUUAUGUAAAUCUUACUUUUAGGGAUUAUGUCAAUGACAAAACCCCAAUCAUCAGGGAUGCAGGACAGUCAGGUAGAUGCAAGUGAUGUUGAUUUUACUUGGAACGAAAUCACACAGGGUGUGACAACUACAAACAGUACGUCCGAUGAUGGGAACACCAGCCCUACCAUGGUGUUCUCUGUGAUCGGUGACUCCGACAGUUUUGUCCCCAGACCCUGGCCAAAGACAGUGUUCCAGACAGCUCUUAUUGAGGCGGCAAAGAGUGGGGGAGAAACCUGGAUUUUGUAUCUCGGAAAGAAACAAGGAAUAUCCAAGGUUGUCAGAGACGCCUACAGAAACUAUGAGGAUAUUGAAUUUAAGACCAGGGCUGCUAAAAAUAAAAUCAACAACCCCGAUAGACAUGUCAAACUGAUAAAUCUUGCAGGAAAAAAGGCAUGCCAAGGGAACUCAGAAAAAAUAACAGAAUUCAAAACUACCCAUGGAGAAGGACAUGGAUGUCUGUUGGACUUUGAAAAAUUCGUUUCUCAACAAGAAGUUUCCUUCUUUAGUCAGAAAAUGGACACCAAAAUGCCGGUUCCCAUAGCAAUCAUCGUAUGUGAGGGUGACAUCGAAACUAUAGCUCAUAUUGCAAAGGCUCUCCAACACAAACUCCCAGUUAUCAUCAUGAAAGGAUCAGGAAUGGCUGCAGACCUUGUUGUCGACUAUUUAGAAAACAAAAACGUACUUUGCAAGAAAGCUAGCAUUUCAUUAGGUAUUCGAUUCGAUGAUUCGAAAUAUAAGGAGUUGAAAAAACAUUUGAAAACAAUUGGAAAAGCUAAAGAGUUGGUUGGAGUAUUUGACCUUGAUCAAGACGAUCCCGCCAUGCUGUCCCACAUUGUGGGGGAGGCAGUGGUCAGCUGCUGGUCACUGCAGGAUAUCCUACAUACGUACACAGACGAUGGUGUGGGGAUACAAAAGCACGAAGAGAUAAGCCUUAGCUCAGACCACUCUCACACGGAAACGAACGGAAACACAACCAAAGGCUCCUCGCUGGCUUGGAAACUUCUGCGUCGAAAUUUUGUCAGUCCUGAAGAGCAGAUUAUUCACCAAGUUCUGGAAGGUUUUAAGGAGUCAAGACCAUACGUAUUAAAUCCUCAGUACUCGAGUCCUACAUCUCUUCCGUUGUAUUUUUAUUUCGGCUACCAGCUUUUGCAAGAAUUGGACUUAACAGAAGAAUGCGGGCCCGUUCUCCUCUUGGAGGCACUGAAGGCAAAUAGGUGUGAUUACGUGAGGGUUUUGUUGGACCAAGGCGUCAAGUUAAAGAUGAUCAAUUUACCAGAACUUUAUGAACAGACCGUUUCCUGUCAGAAAUGUAAAUUCAAAAGAAAAGAUUGCCUACACAUGCAAUGGAUUUUAAAGCAAAUACAAGAAACACAAGCAAAGAAACUAUGCCAUGAAUACAGAUCUAUGAUGAGGAAAAGAAUAAAACACGGAAACCCCCAAGAGGCAAAAUAUAUUGUAGACGAGCUAACAGAAUUAUCAGUUUCUGUAGCUGAUGCGGCCAGAGGAUUGUGUCGUAAAAUGCUGCGAUAUAAAGAAUACAGCAAUGAAUAUAUCACUAGUGAAACUUCACAAACAAGCGACGGAAAUCUGAAAGAUACGAACAUGUCUGACAUUUUACUUUGGGCAAUUUUCGCAAAUCGAAAGGAACUGGCUGAAAUAUGUUGGCUUAGAGGGGAAAACCAUUUAUUAACUGGACUGGUGUGCUCGGCAAUCCUUCGGAAACUUUCCAAAAAGGCAAACAAUGUCAAGGAACAAUUGCUAUCAAUUGAUUUGGAGAAACACUCAAAAUUGUUUGAACAACGUUGCAUUGGUAUUAUGGACAGUAUGUACGAAGAAGACUCACAACAUGCAAUAGAUUUGAUGGAUGACGAGGCAGUAGUUUGGGGAAUUCACUCGAGCCCAUUAACCUUUGCUUACGAGAAUUUCAUGUAUGACGUUGUAGCUCACACUUGUUCUCAGAAGUAUAUGAACAUGCAGUGGUACAAAAACCUGGCGCCGGAUCUCACGCCGUUCUUACUGUCUGCAAUAAGAAAGCCGAAAAAUUUCUUUACCGCUCCUCUUACAAAAUACAUGUUUAAUUAUAUACUGUUUUUCGCAGUUUUGAUAAUGUACAGCUCAUUUGUACUGACAAGCAUCGGAGACAAAUACUACUCCCAACUGAUACUUGCAAGAGUGUUCGAAUAUACUGUUUAUUUCUGGGGCGCAGGGGAUUUUAUUGAAGAAAUCAUCAGCUGUUUUGGCUGCUUGGAGAAACGAGGCCGAUCCCACAGAGGAUACUACUCACGUAUGAAAAGAUACAUUUACGAUUUCUGGAAUGUCGUUGACCUACUGUCAUACCUAUUGCUCAUCGUGGCGCUCUUUAUACGUCAUUUCCAUCCAUCUGAAACCUUUACCCUCGCAAGACGAAUGUAUGCUCUCUCUCUGCUGGUCAUGUAUUUGAGGUUUUUGGAAGUGUUUCUGAUCCAUAGGAAAUUGGGACCAACCCUCAUCAUGAUCAAAGAAAUGUUGAAAGACCUUCUGAGAUUCCUUUACAUAGCUGUUUUUGUGGUGUUUGGAGUUGGGAUCUAUUACCAUGCCAAUCUUUGGCCGGACCACCAAGCAAUGUGGAGUGGAGGGUGGACUAAUUGGAGGAUAUGGACCAUCAUUUACUAUCCGUACUGGCAGCUCUAUGGGGAUCUGAAUCUUGAAGAACUAAACGGUAGUAACCAAACGGAUUGUACCAGUAACCCCAAGGAAUGGGAGACCGACUUCUCCAAAACCCGAUGUCCACAGGAAGACUGGACGGUGUAUGCGAUAGUGGCGAUAUACAUGUUGUUUUCCAAUAUCCUGUUGGUCAACUUAGUCAUUGCCAUGUUCAGCUACACAUUUGAGAGGGUACAGGAGAACUCGGAGAAGCUGUGGCGGUUUGAGAGAUACACAGUAAUUAAUGAUUACGACUGGAGAAUCCCGUCCCCUAUUAACCUGGUAUUCCUUCCAUACCGCCUCUUCCGCUAUCUAGCGAAACAUGAUUGCUGUUUACCACAGUGUAAAAAGAUUUGCAUUGUGGAAAAAAAGAAGAAGGAAAAGAAAAAAAGAGAAAAAAACGAGGCAUACCAGCGGAGCCUUCAAAGAAUAAUAGCACUUAGAAACCACAGUAAACUAUGAACACAUUUAAACGGACAUCGUAAAAUCAAUUAACCUAUGAGGCAAUAGCAUGUUGUAAUGCCCCGUGGCAUAAAAUAUUAUUUUCAUUGCUAUAGAAUGCAAUAUUUUGUUAUUAUCUAUGUUUAAAUCAAAGAACCUUUCAUUUCUACUUUUUUAAUGUUUUGAAUCACAUAGUUUUCAUAAUUUGAAGACGUUAUGCAUUAUUUAAGAAUAUUGUUUUGCAGUUCAUUUUUUUUCUUUUAACAAAACUAUUAUAAAGUUGAUCAUUGUCAUGCAUUUGAAUAUCAAACUAAUUUGUAGUACAUGCAAUAAAGAUCAUGAUAUAAAUGUUUUAUUUGUC